AUGUCAGGUGGUAAAGGUAAAGCUUCCGGAGCUGAAAAAGCUUCAACUACAAGAUCAGCCAAAGCUGGUUUAACUUUCCCAGUCGGUAGAGUUCAUAGAUUAUUAAGAAAAGGUAACUAUGCUCAAAGAGUUGGAUCUGGUGCUCCAGUUUAUUUAACUUCAGUUUUAGAAUAUUUAGCAGCUGAAAUUUUAGAAUUAGCUGGUAAUGCCGCUAGAGAUAAUAAAAAAUCGAGAAUUAUUCCAAGACAUUUACAAUUGGCUAUUAGAAAUGAUGAAGAAUUAAAUAAAUUAUUAGGUCAUGUUACCAUUGCUCAAGGUGGUGUUUUACCAAAUAUUCAUCAAAAUUUAUUACCAAAGAAAUCUGCCAAAUCUACCAAAGCUUCUCAAGAAUUAUAA